AUGGUGGACUUAAAACGAUUGUUGAAUGACGAUACACCAGAUUAUCAUCAUUCGAGGCCACGGCUUUAUGGGCAAGAUGUUGACUUGGCUUGGAACCACUAUCCGGUAGGCGGAAGUAGUGAUGGUGUUGUUGAUUUCACCGACCUUCUCAGUAGUUUCGGCGACGCCUCACUGGAAGGACCGUUAGACUUUGAUUUUGGUGCAGAAAACUUGAACAAUUUUCAGGAAUGGGCCGACGACCACGCAGAGAUUACUGGCGAGCCCAGUUCAUCGUCCCCUAGUGACUUUGACACUGCCAUGAGCAACAAUACACCUGGUCCUUCACAAGAGUCCAGCACGGCCAGGGAAAGAGCAGGCUUGAAUGACUGCGAUGUCUGUUAUGGAAUGCUGUACAAUGCCGAUGUCAAGGUCGCCGGGGACAUGGCUCUCCUGGACGAGAAAUUGAAGCCAACACAAACAACGACACGUAAUCAUCGGUUCAAAUUAAAGGAUUCGGGAGACCACAUCCAAUUGAACUUCUCCGAUGGAACAGAACUUGGAAUAUUGCGCACGAACCUGUUGAAAGGGCUUAGCAGUCUGCUUGGGUUACCCCAGUUACACUUUGAGGCUGUAGCGGAUACCGGCGUCAUUCGAGACACAAUCGGUCGGGUUACCAAGGCUUCUGAUGCGCUUGUGAGGGUCAACAUCAACAUCUAUGGCCCUCCCGACCAGGCCGAUCAUAUCGGGUCGCAGCUUUCUGAGCACAAACUGUGGUUGCAAAAGCCAGAGCAGCCCAUUGCACAUGUCGUAUACAAGAACCCUCACAUUUUGGAGUUUGAAGACCUAGACCUCAGUUCGAUCGAUCAGACAAUCAACCCAGUUGAGAGUGGCAGCAGGCCAGUACCACGGACUGCAGAAGAACACCUCCGCAGAACUAUGGAUGAAGUGUAUAGCUCGACGAGGAGGCAAAAUGAGCUUACGCGAAGAGCCGUCAGUGGACGCAUCACGACUUCCAUGCUCGAUCAUCAGAAAGAAGCGCUCGAAUUCAUGACGCAGAGGGAGACGGGCGAAAUCAGUGACGAAUUUCGGCUUUGGAGAGAGGUUGUGGUUAGGGGAGAAACCAAGUAUCAACAUGAGAUUACCAAAGCCCAAUCGCGACUCCGGCCCGAUGAGAAAGGGGGAGGCAUCUUGGCGGAUGAAAUGGGCAUGGGUAAAUCCCUUUCUAUACUCUCUCUGAUUGUAGACACUCUUGAAAAGGGGCAGAGCUGGGCCGAAAAUAGGAGAUCCGAGGACCGGACUGGUCCCUUAAAGGAUCACACUCGAUCCACACUAAUUGUAGUAUCUUCUGCACUUCUCAUCAACAAUUGGUGUAACGAGAUUCAAGAACAUCUUGAAAACUCGCUAAAUGUAAUUCGGUAUCAUGGCCCAAAUCGUCCCAAAGAUAAAACUGGACUGGACAUUCUGGUCGAUUCGGACAUUGUCAUUACCACGUACAAUACGCUUGCAAAGGAAUGGAGCACACCUGGGCGCGAAAAGUCUAGCCUAUUGCACAGCAUCGAAUGGUUUCGAGUGGUACUUGAUGAAGCCCAUAUUAUUCGCCGUCAAGCCACCACCUUCUAUAAGACCUGUGCUGCCCUCGAAGCGGACUCAAGAUGGUGUCUCACGGGCACACCCAUUCAAAAUAAGCUAGAAGACAUUGGUGCAUUGUUUUGCUUCAUCAAGGCGAGACCAUUCCACGACAUGCGACAAUUCCGGAGUUCAAUCGUCAUCCCUUACGAACAAAGCGAAGACGCGACUGCAAUCGAGAGGUUGGUCUUAUUGAACGACUCGCUUUGCCUACGUCGAACCAGGGAACUUAUAGACCUUCCUGAAUUGAAAGUUGAAGUUCGCGAAUUGGACUUCAACGAGGCAGAGAGGAAACAGUAUGAGAAGACCAAGGCAACGCUUCUGCGAAAAUUAAAGCAAAAGGUCGGCGAGCACGAGCAAACCAGCAAGUUUGGCCUUUUCCAAGUGCAGCUGCAACUUCGCAUUCUAUGUAACCACGGAACCUUUCAGAAGCACUUUUCCUGGGUGAAUAGUCAACGCGAUGCCAAUGAGGCGAUCCUCUCGAGCGGAGCAGGGAACGCCCAGAUCAACUGCAACGGCUGCCGCUGGCCCAUGCCGGUGCUAGGCUCAAACAAGGUCUACAGAGAAUUCGUAGAAAAUUGCAAGCACGUCUUGUGUUUGGACUGUCUUGAAGAGGCUGCGUCUUCUCAAGGGGCCGAGGGCACUCAGAGGCACUGUCCAUUGUGCAACACACCCCAAGCAGUGGCCGCAAAGAAUGCGACAAGAUCACACAACAACACAACUCGUCGAGGAGAAGAUGGCGAGCUGGAUGAUUUGGAUUAUUUCAAUAGUAAUGGCCAUUCGACAAAGAUGGAUGUCUUGAUCCGCAACGUCAGGACCGAUUUGGACCAGACAAAAAGUAUCAUAUUUUCAUGCUGGACCCGUACACUAAACCUGGUCGAGAGGCAUCUCAGGCUGGCAGGCAUCUCUUUUUCCCGUAUUGACGGCGAAUGCCCCUUGUCAAGGAGACAGAAGAUUCUUGACGACUUUCGACAACCUACGGGUGAUCGGAUCCUUCUCAUGACGACGGGUACGGGUGCAUUUGGGUUGAACUUGACCUGCGCAAACCGCGUAUUCAUUGUUGAGCUACAGUGGAAUCCGAGCGUCGAGAGCCAGGCAAUCGCAAGAGCCAUCCGACUGGGUCAGAGUCAGCAUGUCAAGGUGAUACGAUACAUUAUGAACGAUAGUGUGGAACAGGAAAUGCGAUCCCAGCAGAAGCGCAAGUUGAACAUGGCCAAAAAGGGGUUUGAUGAUGAAAUGGAGCAGUAG